AUGGAAGAAAGGAACCCAAAUAAUGACGAUCUUCUUAAUGUGGAUAUCGGUGAGGUAGAAACUCAGACUGAAGCAGGUAAAACUGUUAGAGAACCGGCUAAGAAAAAAUCAAAAAAAAUCAACUUAAGUGAUGUGGAUUUAGAAAAUCGUAUGGGAGACGCAUUUGAUAUACUAAAAAGCGUUUCAGAACAGCCCUCUAAAGAUGAUGUACAACUGUAUACCGAUUUAUUGGCAACAAAACUGAGAAGUUUUGACGAAAGAACUCGUGAAAUAAUAAUGAAUAACAUUGAUAAUUUGGUCUUCAAUGCUAAAAUGAAUAAUUAUGAAAAUUCUCCUUACCAGCCUAAUUCUUAUUACGAUCAACCCAUGUCUACCUUACCACGAAUACCACCUAUCCAAAGUAAUACAAUACCAUCGUAUACAAAUAUUUCAACACAAGAUAAAGUUAAUUAUCAGCCAGUGCAGAUUUCACAUAAAACACUUCUCAGACAGCAAGAUGUUCAAUGUCGAAAUCUAACUACAAUGCCAUCACAAUCUCCCUAUCAAAAUGUACCAACUCCUUAUCAAAAUGUAUCAUCUCCAGAAUCAAACUCAAAUAGUUCGGCUCUACAUUACUUUAAGUCUACCUCACCACAAUUACCACAUAUUCAAAAUAGUACAGUACAGUCUUAUACAGAUAUUUCAACACAAGAAAGAUUUAAUUAUCAGCCAAAACAUAUUUCACCUAUGUACCUCGAACAGCAAGAAGUUGAAUGCCAAAAUAUCUCUACAAUGCCAACACAAUCUCCCUAUCAAAAUGUAUCAUCUCCAGAAUCAAACUCAAAUAUUUCAGCUCUACAUCCUACAGAUUUAUCUGGCAAUUAUUACCAUUAG